AUGGCAAACAUUACAGCUAAUUUAAAUGUUUCGGAACAAAGUGCUGCAAAUAAAAUUUCCAAAAAUGAUGUUUAUAUUAGUGAAGAUUGCAAAAAAUUAAAAGAAGAUAAAAAAAAAUUAAAAAAAGAAUUAUCAACAAAAGAAAUUGAAAUAAAUAAUUUAAAAAAAAUAUUAGAAGAUAGAGAAAAGGAUAUAAAAUUAAAUUAUAUUCCUUUAAAAGAGGCAAGAAAAAUAACUUAUAAAGCAUUAAGAAAAGGAUCAGCAGCACAGAAAUUUAUUAAUUUAAUAGAAAGUAAUAGUAUUAACUAUAAACUGAAAAAAAUAGCUAUUAAUCAAUUAAUUACAAAUGCAUUUGGUGUUAUGCAUUAUCAAAAAAGUCGUUAUCCAGAAGUUUUAAAAUAUAAAGAUUCUCACUUAAAAUUAUUUAGGCAAGAACAAUUAAUACUUUUAGCUGAAAAUGAACGUUUAACAUUGCAAAUGAAAGAAUUAAAAAAACAACUUUUAGAUAAUAAAAUAGAAAAUUUAAAAACAAAUGAAAAAAGUUUGAUCACUUCAAUGAAAAGAAAUACAAAAGAUCUAGAAAACAAAAAUAAUAAUAUUGACGAUAAUUUUAUAGAAUUAGACGCAGAUAUUGUAGAAAAAAAUUUUAUAAAUUUAAUUAAAAAUAUUAAAAUAGCUCAAUUAAAAUUAUUAUUUUUUGCAUUUAGAAAAUUAAGUAAUAACGUAUAUAGCAACUCAGAUCCUACAAAUGUUAAUGCAAGUAUGAUCUAUUCAUUAAAGCAAGGUACGGAUAUACUAAAUAAUAUAUUAAAAAAUAAAAGAAUUAUAAUUAAAUACAAUGCAUUUUAUAAAUUAUUAAAUUACAAUGUAAAUAAUGUAUUAUAUAACAGCAAAUAUUUACAUAGAAUUAAUAAAUACAGUAGUUGCAAUUAUUCAGAUAAAAAAAAAGAUCAAGGAAUUUCUCAUUUUGUUUAUAAGCCAUAUUAUUAUGAUAAUUUACCAAGUGCAACUUGUGAUAUACAAAAAAAAAAAUUUCCAAUUUUUAAAGAUAAAAAAGAUUUUGUUAUGAGAAAUUUAAUUUAUAAUAACGAACCAUUAUAUAAUCCUUUUAUUUAUGAAAAUAUAAAAAAUAAUAUUAGUACCAAUCAAUUUUACAAAAAAGAUUACUUAGAUUUGGAACUAAAAAAAAAAAAUACUGAAUCAGAAAAAUAUUCCUGCUUUAAUGACUUUGAUUUUCUUAACGAUUUUAGUGCAUAUGAUAAGGAGAAAUUUAUAGAUUUAUUUAUAACUGAAACAACAAAAAAGUAA